ACUUUGAAAAUAGUCAACAGUGAUCAGAGCUAUACCACACACUUGGAGGAAACAGUUUGAACUUUGAACAUCUUUUCGUUUAUCAUCGUUAAUUCUUAAUCUUCAAAAAAAACACAAAAAUGCCGCUGGAAAUUGCGAAAAUGGUGGCCGAUUCCGAACGGUCAAAAUGCGACAUUGAAUUUAUCGACGUCACAAACGAUCGUCUAUUCUCUUCGAGUGAAGGUGGAAAUGUCAAGGUAUGGAACAAGGAAGAUUUGAAAGUGGUGGACGAAUUGGAUGCUAAACAGUGUCCCAUCUGCUGUAUCGCCGUUAAGGGCAACCAACUUUAUGCCGGCACGUCUGGUGGUAAUAUUGUUGUCUGGGAUAUCGAGACGGCCACUGUUAUCAGAGAGUUAAACGAGCAUCAAGGCAGCGUAGCCAAGAUACGUGUGGUGGGGGACUUGAUCGUUUCAGGCGACACCGAAGGCAAGGUUCUCGUGUGGCAAGGCAACACGCUAAUUCACCUGUACGAAACAUGCGAAGAAGUCUGGGACUUUGACCUUACCGAUGAUCAUCUCUACUCUAUCCGUGACCGCGACCUCAUCGUCCAAAAGAUCCACAAAACGGAGCAUGGCCACAAAUUGACAACUACCAAAGCGUUGGAAGCUCGUGGCCCGAUGUGUCGACUGGACGGCAGCAUCGCCGUUCUCAGCCGAGACGGAAUGGAUAUCCACAUCAUGGAAGAUGAUAAGUCCCAAUUUAAGCGCAUCGGUAUCAUCAAGGGUCAAGACCGCAUGAUCAACGCUUUGGCAUGCGGCCAGCAACCAAAAGCUCACCUGUAUUCAGGCGGAUGGGACAACACGGUUCGCAGUUACGACCUCCAGACUUUCACCCCUCUGUCUCGAUUGGAUUUGGGUCAACCGAUCAAUUGCAUCCGGCCCGACCCUUCAAGCAGCGGCCACAUUUUCGUCGGAGGGAAUAACGGCCUUUUGUGCAAGAUCCUCGACAGGUGAAAAAAAAAAACUAAAAAAACACACUCAAUCACACACUGCUGAAUUUCUCCUCUUUUGAUAUUCAUCAACCUGUAUUCAAGGCAUUAUCGUGACGUAAAUGUAUACCUAUACUUGACAUUGUAUUACGCGUGUCUGCGUAGUUGAUAAAUAGAAUUGGCUCCAAAUUGGAA